AUGGGUGCCGUUGUCGAGUGUUACCCGCCACCGCGUACGGCGAUGCUGUCUCUCAAUACGCUGCCGCUGGGCUUUCGUUUCCGUCCCACUGAUGAAGAGCUUAUCGAUUACUACCUGCGCUCGAAGAUCAACGGAAACGAGGACGAUGUCUGGGUUAUCCGUGAGAUUGAUGUCUGCAAAUGGGAGUCCUGGGAUUUGCCUGAUUUGUCAGUGGUACGGAACAAGGAUCCAGAGUGGUUCUUCUUUUGUCCGCAGGAUCGGAAGUAUCCCAAUGGGCACAGGUUGAACCGAGGUAGGACACAUGGGUAUUGGAAAGCAACGGGGAAGGAUCGAAAGAUUAAGUCUGGUUCUGCUUUGAUCGGAAUGAAAAAGAUUCUUGUUUUCUAUACUGGUCGUGCACCGAAGGGGAGUACAGGCCUACCUUGAAGGAGCUCCAUGGUACCAAUCUUGGACAGGUCUAUUCUUAUCUCUUACUUUUGUUGUUUGGUAUUUUUGCUUUUUCAUCUUUGUUACCAUUGUGCUUUGACAUUAAAUUGUUUGUAAGUUUUAAUAGCUCUAU